AUGGAUAGGGCAAGUUCAAGUACCACAGCAACAGCAAUCACAAUUAAUUGGAAUGAUAAUGAAGAUGAUGAUGAAGAUGAUGAUGAGGAUCGAAAUGAUGAAGAGGAUGACGAUGCCAUACGCUUUCGCUGUCCACAAGUUGGACCGCAGGUGGGCCGUGGUGAUCUGCCCACACCACAGCCAAUGCACUUUCAUCAUCCGCAACAGUUGCCACAUCUGCCACAGUUGCAGCCGCAGCCACAGAUACAACAGCAUCAUGCAGCAGCGGCAAUAAAAAGCAAGGGCAAACCAAGAAAUCAAUGUCAACGUCAACGUCAGCCAAAGAGAAAGCAUCAGCAGCAGCAGCAGCAAAGCCGAGUGAAAUCCUUGGAAAAACCACCAGCAUUACCAGCAAGAGCACCGCCAGCAGCUGCACCACCACCACCUCCACCACCACCACCACCACCACUAGCACCACCACUAGCACCACCGGCACCACCGUUGCCACCCUUAGGCAUUGAUGUGCCACCACCGCCCCACGAAGGGGAGCUCCUUCCCAGCACUCCCGAUUCUCCGUCAUUGGUAACUGUCAGUACUUGGUAUACGGUGGCUAAGCAGGGUGUCUCCUGCUAA